AUGUACGGGCAUGUAAGGGGGCCGUCAGAACUGCGGGGGGACGAGGCGGCGAGUGAGUUGGAGACGGGUGUGGGUCGUGGUCAUGCUAAGAAGGGGGAAAAGAGGGGGCAAGUACAAAUGGAGAUGGAGAUGCAGGAGGUCAAGCCGAAAGAAGGUUCUACGACACACGAGGGAAUCUGGGUAAGUAGUAGUGCCGAGUCGGGGGUUGAUUCGUUAUCACCAUCGGCAUCACCAAUUCCACCAAAUCCCCCAUCAUCAUCAUCAUCACAACAACAACAACAACAACAACAACAACAACAACAACAACAACAACAACAACAACAACAACAACAGCAGCACCAGCAAUCUGCAAAUCAGCCGCGCAACAGCCAAACCUUGAACUCUACAUCGCCAUCACCAUCACCAUCACCAUCACGCAUAAAUGCAAAAUCACAGCAACCAUAUCAAGUCGGAGAAGAAAAAACCAAACCCCAGAUGCAGCAUCAAAAGAGUCAGAAGCAGAACAGCAAGAAAGAAAAGGAAUAA